CCCUGUGUUGCCAAACGUGUGUGUGUCUAGAGAAAACUUCAGCAGAACACUGACAUGGUCAUUUUCUUGGCCAUCUUCUUCAGGUUUAAACGCAUCUCCUGCCCAUUGUACCGGGGUGUGAUUUCCUGCCGGUCUUUUUAUCUGAUCAGCAGACACAGAGGCCACACUCAUCGAGGCCAGGACAGUCUUGGCCGAAGAAAACUCACUAGGCAGAGACGGGAUGCAAAGAUGGCUCUACACCCACAGGCCAGAAGGCCUCAUGGCCGUCACAGAGAUGGAAGUGAGGCACAAGCUGAAGCCACAGCCCAGGAUAUGGGGAGGCUUCCUUCCCCAAGCAAAGUGGGUGCAGCUGUCUGUCCCAUUCAAGGGCUGGGACAUCGGGCUGCUCGAAGACCCCGAAGGGGUAUAGGGACUACAUCUGCCUCAAGGGUUCCUCGCCCUGGUGCCCUUAUGCCUGCAACACGAAACCGUCCAAGAUUCAUCCACUGCCGGGGUCAGCCCCCUCGAACCCGUGUCAGCUCCAAGAGAUCCAAACGGUCCAGGAUCCAUCCAUGCCACACUGAGGUGCCAGGCUGGACCCAUGAGAAACGGAUGGGGAGCAGCGUCGAGGAAGGGCUCCGGCCUGAGCUAAGUCAGCUGGACCAAGAUGCAGACGACCUGGAGGAAGAAGAAGCUGCCAGACUCCCAGUGACUUCCCUGGACGGGGAAGUCCUCCUGAUGGAAGGAGACAAGCAGCCCAGUCCCGGUCAGGGCCCUUUCUUCUACAUCGGAGGCACCAACGGAGCAUCAAUAAUCAGCAACUACUGUGAGAGCAAGGGCUGGCAACGCAUUCAGGACAGCCACUGUGAGGACUACAAGCUAAAGUGGUGUGAAAUCAAGUGCAGGGACAACUACUGCAGCUUUCGGGAAGGCCAGCAGUUGCUGUUCCAACUCCCCAACAACAAGCUGCUUACGACCAAGAUCGGGUUGCUCAGUGCUCUGCGGGAGCACGCACGCACUUUGAGCAAAGCCAGGAUGCUGCCCAGUACCCAAACCAAGGUCCUGAAAAUGGAAGAGUUUUUUCCAGAGACCUAUCGGCUGGACAUUAGAGAUGAGAGGCAGGCUUUCUUCGCUCUAUUUGAUGAAACCCAGAUGUGGAUCUGCAAACCUACGGCCUCCAACCAGGGAAAGGGCAUCUUUCUGAUCAGGAGCCAGGAGGAGGCUGCUGCCCUGCAGGCCAAGACCCAGAGCAUUGAGGAUGACCCCAUCUACCGCAAGAUGCCCUUCCGUGCACCACAGGCGCGAGUGGUGCAGAGAUAUGUCCAGAACCCGCUGCUGCUAGAUGGGAAGAAGUUUGAUGUGCGCUCCUACAUGCUCAUUGCCUGUGCCAUGCCCUACAUGGUCUUUUUUGGCCAUGGCUAUGCCCGCCUCACCCUCAGCCUGUAUAACCCUCAUUCCAGUGACCUCAGUGGUCAUUUGACCAAUCAGUUCAUGCAGAAGAAGAGUCCCCUGUACAUGCUGCUGAAAGAGAGCACUGUGUGGAGCAUGGAGCACCUCAACCGAUACAUCAAUGACAAAUUUAGGAAGACCAAGGGCCUCCCCAGAGAUUGGGUCUUCACCACCUUCACGAAGCGGAUGCAGCAGAUCAUGUCCCACUGCUUCCUGGCUGUCAAGUCCAAGCUGGAAUGCAAGCUGGGCUACUUUGACCUCAUUGGCUGUGACUUCCUGAUUGAUGAAAACUUCAAGGUGUGGCUGCUGGAGAUGAACGCCAACCCUGCCCUACAUACCAAUUGUGAAGUCCUGAAGGCAGUGAUCCCUGGAGUGGUUAUGGAGACCUUGGACCUGGCGCUUGAGACCUGCCAAAAGAGCUUGCACAGUCAGAAGAUGCUGCCUCUGCUGUCACAGCGUCGCUUUGUGCUCCUUUACAACGGCGAGACUACGGACUUGUGGCCGCGCUUGGGGAGCUCGCGUCCACUUAACCGCUUGCCUAACUCUAACCCUAACCCUAACCCUAACCCUAACCCUAACCCUAACCCUAACCCCAACCCUAACCCUCCCCGGCCCACCUGUGAAGUCGCAUCCUCUGCGCUUUCCUCAGCACGUGCCGCUAUCUCAGAACGGCCUGGUGCACGAAAGUUGAUGCCUUCCAGGGGAGCUCCCAUAUGCAUCCCCCGCAAAUCGAGGCUGUCUGACUCGAGCAGUAGCUCCAUAGUGGAGUCUGAGCCCUCUCUCUGUUCUGGGUCCCCGGAAGGCAGCAGGGACACAGCCAGGGAACCCUCCCUGGGUCCGCCCGAGGAAGAGCGCGAGGAGGAACAGAGAAGCACGAGCCAUCGAGGCUCCUAGCAGCCACAGCAUCCAGCGGCCCUGCACCUUGCUGUGCCCUCUCCGGGACCUAUAAAAGCUACUUUGUGACAAACGCAACCUCUAGAAGCCCGUCCCAUCUGGGCGCCCCCAAGCCCUUCUGUCCCUGCUUCUCUAUUUGCUCCUUGGUUGUCCUUAGAGGAGGAAGAGGGAAGCAUGCAGAAUGGGAAUGAGUCCUUCAGGAAGGGAAAAUCCCCACUGACCUCUUUUUCCUUCUCUGGGGCAGCCCAGCAAAUCCUGGGUCCCCAUGUGUGGCUCUGUUGUUACUCAUUCUGUAUGAUCCUCCUGAAACUCCAUGGCCUUCAUGACCUCUGCAACCUGGCACUGGGACCCACCCACUGUUCCAUGGAGUCCCUAGGAAAGGUCUUGGAUACCCAUGGAACUCUGGAAGCCCCACCUUACCCCAUUACUAUUCUAGUUCAUCCUUACCCUGCCCAACACCUUUCUUCUGGCCUUUCAGACACUUUGUGGACUACUAUCUAUAGCCAAAGCCCCCAUUUCCCUAUAAAUGCCCUGGAACCUGUCAGGCAUUAGAGGCACAAAGGAGUUGGCCGUGACAGGGCAGUUCCCAGGAAUGACGACUCUUAUUAGCGAUUAGUGCAUUCUCCAAUGUUCGUGCUCCCAGUUAGCAUGGGGUUUGAAAGGAGAACACUGACCGUCUCAAAUCUCUGAGGUGUCCACAACUUAUACCAAAGCAGCCAGGACACUGCCUGUAAGUCCAUCCAGCCAAACCCUGUCCUACAAAACUCCAAAGAGGACCACCCACAGAUUUCCAGAAGGUCCUUCCCAGCUUGAAUCCUCUCUUGCAUAUCCAAGGUGGCAGAUGCCUCUUCCCAACCCUUCUGACCUUUAGUGCCAGACUAGUCCCUGUUCUUUUAUUUAUUUU